AUGCGUCUACUUCCAGCAGGCAUUUACACACCAUUGCCGUGUUUUUUCCAUGAUAAUGAAGAUCUCGAUCUUGAAUCAUACGCCAAACAUGUUAAGUAUACCGCCGAAGCAGGAACAAUCCCUGUUAUUUCAGGGUCCAUGGGAGAAGCUGUCCAUCUCAGCCACGCGGAACGAAGUCAACUAAUUAAAACCGCACGAACUGCCCUUGACGAAAUCGAAUUGACAGAGACACCCAUUGUAGCCGGCAUUGGUGCAUCGAGUACUCGCGAAUCCAUCGAGCUCGCAAAAGAGGCAGCCGAGGCAGGCGCUGAUUUCGGCAUGGUUAUACCUCCUGGCUACUACGCGGGAGCACUUCUCUCCAGUCCUGGUGCACUCAAACAAUUCUUUAUUGAUAUUGCUACGGCAUCGCCUAUACCAAUAAUGAUAUAUAACUUCCCCGCCCUUACGAACGGAAUAGAUCUCGACAGUGACUUGAUCGUGGAUGUGGUCAAGGAAGCACCUAAUAUUUGCGGUGUAAAAUUAACAUGCGCCAAUGUCGGCAAGCUUACCCGAAUCAUGGCUGUAAUCAACAGCGCCGAAUUCCAAUCUUCGUACCCUCGCAAAUAUCCCGAAAUACCAUUCCGCGCAAUUGAUGGAUUUAUUGAUUUCCUUUUACCUUCUAUUCCUGUCGGAUCAUCUGGAGCUAUCAGUGGACUGCCAAAUAUUGCACCAAAAAUCUGUGUCAAAUUAUGGGAGGUGUGUCAAGACCUUCAUGAUCCUAGCAGAUACAAAGAGGCGCAAAAGUUACAGAACCUCAUUUCACUGGCGGACGGUAUUGCUCUGAGAAUCGGAAUCUCCGGUAUGAAAAAGCUACUGAACCAACACUUCGGAUACGGCGAUAAACCACGACGACCACUUCUUCCCAUGAGCGACGAGAAGGCCAAGGAAUUUUUUGCAUCACCGUAUUUGAAGGAUUUACUUGACGCCGAAGCCACGCUGUGA